GGGGGCGUGGCUGUCGGUGGGCGCGUUUUGUGGGACGUGACUCCUCCCGUUUGCGGGCGUGGCUCGGGGUGUCAAGCCACGCCCGCUGCGGGUGUGGGGCGCGGCCUGAGGGGGAUGGGGCGCGGUUUCCCCUAAGCGCCUCCUACCUGAAGCCCCCGAUCCCCCCGUGCCCACUGCGGGGGGAGGGCUGAAUAAAAGGUUUUGCUGAAUAAAAGCCCCAAAAUGGCGGAUUCGGGGGGGCGGAGCGCGUGCGAGGGGAGGGGGCCCCUCCGCGUUCGGCGUAAAAAGACCCAAAACCCCCAAAAAUGCUGCGCGGCGGGGCGCGGUUUGCUGUGGGUGUGGCUCCGGAGGGGGCGUGGCCUCGGAGCGGAAGCGGCGGCGGCGCGGGACGCGCGAGAAUGUCCUCGGGCCGCCCCGCAGCUCCGUCUCCUCCCCCGGGGGGGCUCCCCGGGCCCCCCUCCCGCCGCCGCCGCCGGGGCCCGGCCCCCCGCCCCCCCCCGGGGCUCCCCCCCGCCGCCGGGCCCGGCACCAAUGACGUGUUCGUGACGUCACGCUCCGACUUCCGGGCGCAGCUGCGGCGCUGCCAGCGGCUCCUGGCCCCGGGCGGGGGUCCCGGGGGGGGCUCCGGGGAGCUGCGGCUGCACGGGCUGGGCCUGGCCGUGCCCCGCGCCAUCAACCUGGCGCUGCAGCUGCAGGCGGGGGCCGGGGGGGCCCUGCGGCUCCACGCCAGCACCUCCUCCGUGCCCCUGCGGCCCCCCCGCGGCCACCGCGGGACCCCCCCGCCGCGGGGCGACGGCGACGAGGACGGGGACGGGGACGGUGAGGACGGGGACCCCCCCCGGCACAACUCGGCCAUUCACAUCCGACUCUGCAGGGAGGCCCCCUGCGCCUGAGGGGGGGUCCCCUGGGAGGCUUCCCCGAGACCUGGGGUUUCUCGAGGUUUUGGGGGGGCUCCCCGAGGAGGGGAGGGGGGGUUCCCCAAAGUCCUGGGGGGCUCCCCGAGGGUUUCGAGGCCACCCGCGAAGUCUAUGGGGGUCCCCAAAAUGCGGGGGGGCCCCCCAGGUGUCCUGGGCUCCAUCACUGUCACGGGGACACCCCAAAGCCCUCCCCCCGGGAGUCUCCCAGGUCUGUCAGGGCUGCGGGGACCCUACGGAAAGUCUUGGGGACACCCUGGGGACACCAAAACCCACCGGGGCCACCCGUGGGUCGAGACCGCCUUGAGCUGGGGCCACCAGAAGCCGCCGAGGACUUGGGGACAUUGAGAUGCCACCAAGAGUUUGAGGCCACCACGAGUCACUGAUGGCCACGGGGACGCUGUCACCUGGAGCCACUGACAUUUUGGGGACACGGACAAUGCCACCAAUGGCUCGAGGCCACUGAGCUGCCACCAACGGGUCGGGACCACUGUGAUCUGGGGCCACCAGGAUGCCCCCGAGCCCCUCGAUGUCACCCUGAGUCCCCCAGUGCAGCAGCCUCGGGGGUUUGGGGGAGACACGGGGACGUGACACCAAAAUAAAGUCGGUGGCAGCAGCA